GCGCGCGGCGAUGAUGUAAUGGCUUUGUGCGGCGGGCGCUGCGCUCUCUGCGUGUUGCGCGCCCACUCGCGGCUCCGGGGCGGCGGGGGCCGCGGGGGCCUCGUAGGACCUGGCCCGGCCCCCCCGCGGCCCAGCGCGUAAAAAAGAAAAGUAAGGUUCUCUUUAUGAAACUGAUCCUCAGUCAAGUGUAACUUUUGAUGUAUGGUCUCUAAAGCCCCCCACUAUGCCAGCAGCUACCGUUGACCAUAGCCAAAGAAUCUGUGAGGUCUGGGCUUGUAACUUGGAUGAAGAGAUGAAGAAAAUUCGUCAAGUUAUACGGAAGUAUAACUAUGUAGCUAUGGAUACAGAAUUUCCAGGAGUAGUUGCAAGGCCUAUUGGAGAAUUCAGAAGCAAUGCAGACUAUCAAUACCAAUUAUUACGCUGCAAUGUAGAUUUGCUAAAAAUAAUUCAACUAGGACUGACGUUUAUGAAUGAGCAAGGGGAAUACCCUCCAGGAACUUCAACUUGGCAAUUUAAUUUUAAAUUUAAUUUAACAGAAGAUAUGUAUGCACAGGACUCUAUUGAACUGUUAACAACAUCUGGUAUCCAGUUUAAAAAGCACGAGGAAGAAGGAAUUGAGACGCAAUACUUUGCAGAACUGCUUAUGACAUCAGGAGUUGUACUAUGUGAAGGAGUCAAGUGGCUUUCAUUUCACAGUGGAUAUGACUUUGGUUAUCUAAUAAAAAUCCUGACCAACUCUAAUUUACCGGAAGAAGAGCUGGACUUCUUUGAGAUACUGCGAUUGUUUUUCCCUGUCAUCUAUGAUGUAAAGUAUCUCAUGAAGAGUUGCAAAAAUCUGAAGGGUGGAUUGCAAGAAGUGGCUGAGCAGUUAGAGCUGGAAAGGAUAGGACCACAACAUCAGGCAGGAUCUGAUUCUUUACUCACAGGAAUGGCCUUUUUCAAAAUGAGAGAAAUGUUCUUUGAAGAUCACAUUGACGAUGCCAAAUAUUGUGGCCACUUGUAUGGCCUUGGUUCGGGGUCAUCUUAUGUACAAAAUGGCACAGGAAAUGCUUAUGAAGAAGAAGCCAACAAACAGUCAUGACACGAAAUGAAAGGCCAUCUUUUUGAGCUCCACAUGCUUGUACAUAUGUUUUAUCUCUGGUUGAACCCCUUGGACAAUAAGGCUUUUUUCCCCCCUUUCUCAGCACACUUUCUUUUCUGCCUUUCUAUGUACUAAACCUGACUGUUCCUAUCACAGAUUUUGAUCUUAAUAUUGAUAUAUAGAAUUUUAUGGGUUACUUUUGGAGUCAUAACUAGCCCAUUUGUAAAGAAGCAUGUGUAGGAUCAGUGUGGCAGAGAGAAGGGGAAAGCUAAAUCAUAAUGAAUAGUAUGGUAAACUUACCUAUAUUGGUCUUUGGUCUUAGGUUUUUUGUCUCUUUCCCCUCCCUUCUCCAAAUUAACACUCAUGCUGAUUGUAACUAACUUCCCAUUCAUGUCUGUUCCUUCCAGUAUGCAGGCGUUUUAGCUAUUCAAGAUUGUGGACCAUCAAAUUUGCACUUUAGAGAGCAACUCUGACUCAAUCCUCUGUUUCAUUUGAAGUUUUUUUUUCUUCUGCCCUUAGUUAGGAAACAAUAAUCUUCCAAGUUCAGCAGCUUCACACUGUAUUUUUGGCAUCUUUUGGUAUUUCAACCCAUAGAAUAUGACAUUUGCUGCAUAACCUGCAUUCAUUCAAGCAAAACAAACUACUGAAACCAUAGUAACUGCUGUUGUUUUACUAAUGUUCUGCCAUCAGACACAUCCUGCACGUGCCAACUGCUGGUUGGCCUGCUGCUUUAGAUCCGCUCUGUGAGGAGGGAAAGAAGCUUGAGAAAACAGCUUUACACCCUUCAGGAAAAGAACAGCUCUGACUUUACCAUCUUGCCAUUAAGCUGAGAUUUGAAGGCUAUUGGAAUAGUAGGAAUUUUGUAAUGGCACACUUCCCUUGAUUAACUUUUAUUCUAGUGAUGUAUACUCCAAAUAUUUUUUUAUGAAGUCAUAUUUAUUAUGUACUUGGUUUGACAAUUUUUGGAAGUCAGUUUAGUUCAAGAUAGAACCCAAAGAUCUGAAAAAAAAACAAAACUAUUUAAGUGUAUUACUGAAUCAGGACAACUAAAUCGUGCUUUUUUGUAGUUGCUACAAAGACAGAUGUUACAGUAUUUGUUGUAAAACAACAAAAUAUAAAUAACUCAGAACAAAUAAAGUUACCUGAGGAUUGUAAUGCUAGUUUAUUUUUGAGUAUAUCUUAGCAAUAUAUUUUAGAUAUAUUGUUUUAAAGGACCCUAAAAUAUGUUCUUAUCUCUGCUUACCGUGUGUACAGAGCAGUUGUGCAGGAGGCAUUUUUGGUAUUGAAUAGCUAAAUCCAAGCCUGAAAUGAUGGAAAGUGUGACAUUGUGUGCCUGGGUGUGCGUGCGCGCGUAGGGGUGUGCGUGUUCUGCACGGAAAUCAAUCACAGAAAAACUCCAAAUGUUCGCCAAUUAUUCUGUUUACCUUGUACUGCAAAGACAAAUAACAAACAGCACCAAACACCUUUUUCAUUGAGUUACAACAAUGUAACUGGGUGGUCCUUUUUAAACAACAAAUAAUUUGCAUAACAGAGGGUAUUUGUUUUUAAAGCUUUUGUAAAUAAAGGCCUAAAAAAAUGUUUUCUUACAUAACAA